AUGGUUUACGGCCGGGGAAGUUUGUUCGUGAUCGGUGCGCUGCUGCUCGUGGCCAGCCUUCUGGACUGGACGGAAGCUCGCGGUGUUAUGUCACCCAGUCUGGACGUUGGCAAGAAGCUGCGUGAGCAUCACGCAGGCAGGGCAGCGAAACCGAUCAGUGGCACCAAAACCCGCAAUCCCAGACCGUUCGAGUUUGGUGCCGGAGUGUACAAGGAGAUGGACAUCAUGGAGAGAGCACCACGUCAACGGAACGGUGUCUCAACGACAGUGUACAAAAACGCCCGUUGGCCAAAUGCCGUCGUACCGUACGUCAUUACGGGUUCCUUCACUUCUGCUCAGAUCGCCGUCAUCCAGUCGGCAAUGGGGCAGUUCGCGUCGAACACGUGCGUGCGAUUUGUCCCUCGCACGACCGAGGCCCUCUACAUUUCGAUUACCAACGGUGCCUCGGGAUGUUGGUCGUAUGUCGGUCGCAGCACGCUGAACAGCGAGAACCAGGUCAAUCUGCAGAGUCCGGAAUGCGUGGACAUCGGCACGGCCACUCACGAGCUGAUGCACUCGAUCGGUUUCUAUCACGAGUUCACGCGCCCUGAUCGCGAUGAGUGGGUGUCGAUUGACCAGGGAGCUUUCGAUCCCCAGUAUCAGACGGCAACAUUCUAUCAGGAUAACUUUGCCAAAAUGGCCGCCACGGACGUGGUGCUGUACGGUAGAGGGUACGACUACGGCAGUGUUAUGCACUACUCGAAGUACGCGGCGGCAGCGAGCAAUACGCGCCCGGUCAUGAACAACCUGAAACCAUGGACGGGUGAUUUUGGAAACGAUAAUGGCCUCUCAGCGGCCGAUAUCAUCGACAUCAACUACAUGUACUGCAACAGUACUAGUACUACUACUACGACUACGACUCAGGCGGCGACUACUACCACGACCACUACCACUAAAGCGGCGGCUACUACGACGACGACGACGACUACCUCAAAAGCGGCUACUACGACCACUGCUCAGGGGGCAACCUCGACUACUACUAAGGCGGCCACUACGACCACUAGCAAGGCGGCUACUACGACCACUACUAAGGCGGCUACUACGACCACGACCGCUCCAAGGACUACUACGACCAUUCGCACCUUCCCGACGCUGAUUCCACGCACGGGAAUACUUACGACGCUCUUCGAGGUACCGAUCACUCGAUUCCUUGAGUUGCUCAGGUCACUGCCACUGUUUAAUUUCUUCAGCCUCGGUUGA